AUGGUUGACAUUGAGGAAUUCCGCAGACAAGCCAGGGAGGCUAAGGAAACCGGGGAUUAUUCAUUUCUUAAAACGACUCCUCACGACCCUCGAUUUCCCAAUAUUAAUCAAACUAGAAAUUGCUUGCAGAAUUUCAUCGACUUCCAUCGCUGUACCCGUAUCUACGGCGAAGACUAUAAGCCAUGCAAUUAUUUUAAGUUCGCUUACAAAGAUUUGUGCCCUAAUUUUAUGGUUGAAGCAUGGGAUGAACAGGUGGAGAACGGAACGUUUCCAUAUAAGAUUGAGUGA